AUGCAUGCUAGAUUUAGGACUGAUGGCCUACUCAAUGCACAAGUCAACUUUGCCUUUGAGGAAAAGGAGCCAGACCCAGCCCAGGACUUGCCCCAUACAGUGAGCACACUGCAGCCAGGCAUGCUGGAGAAGAUGGUAAACCUCCUGGUUCCUCAACACCAGAAGGAGGAUCCCUUCUUCGUGCCAGCCUUCCUGUUCACUUAUAGGAGGUUCACCACCACAGGCCAAGUGUUGGACCUUCUGUUUAACAGAUAUUCACAUUUCCAUCCUAACUGUGAGAAGGAUGAAGAAGUAAAGAAAACCCUGUGUUCCACGCUUGCCAUGUGGCUGGACAAGUACCCUGAGGAUUUCUGCCAGUCCAAGGACCUGGCCAACCUGAAUAAGCUGAUGGCCUACGUGCUGCUCCACAUGCCCUCCUCAGACCUGGCAGUCCGUGGACACCUCCUCCUCACCCAACUGAAGGAGCAGGAGAACAAGGAGGCAGACAAAAAGACAAAGGAGUCCUUAGUCUCCUUGAAGAUUCAGUCCCACCUCAACUUCUAG